AAAUUCUCCUCCGUGACUCAGUCGGCUCCGCGCAGCGCACAGUAGGCGGCGGGCAGUGGCGGCCGGAGCUGAGACUCGCAAGCAGCAGAGCGCCAAGAUGGAGUACGAGUGGAAGCCCGACGAGCAGGGGCUUCAGCAGAUCUUGCAGCUGCUGAAGGAGUCGCAGUCCCCGGACACCACGACGCAGAGAGCCGUGCAACAAAAACUGGAACAACUCAAUCAGUAUCCAGACUUCAACAACUACUUGAUCUUUGUUCUUACAAAGCUAAAAUCUGAAGAUGAACCAACACGGUCACUGAGUGGACUCAUUUUGAAGAAUAAUGUAAAAGCUCAUUUCCACAAUUUCCCUAAUGGAGUAACUGACUUCAUUAAAAGCGAGUGUUUAAAUAAUAUUGGUGACUCCUCUCCGCUAAUCAGAGCCACUGUAGGUAUCCUGAUUACAACCAUUGCCUCAAAAGGAGAAUUGCAGAAUUGGCCCGAACUAUUACCAAAGCUUUGUAGCCUGCUGGAUUCUGAGGACUACAAUACUUGUGAGGGUGCAUUUGGAGCUCUUCAGAAGAUAUGUGAAGAUUCUGCUGAAAUCUUAGAUAGUGAUGCAUUAGAUCGACCUCUCAAUAUCAUGAUCCCUAAGUUUUUACAGUUCUUCAAGCACAGCAGUCCAAAAAUAAGGUCGCAUGCAGUUGCUUGUGUCAAUCAGUUUAUCAUCAGUAGAACUCAAGCUCUUAUGUUGCACAUUGAUGCAUUUAUUGAGAAUCUAUUUGCAUUGGCUGGUGAUGAGGAGCCUGAAGUGCGCAAAAAUGUGUGUCGGGCAUUGGUGAUGCUAUUGGAAGUUCGAAUGGACCGCUUACUUCCUCAUAUGAUUAGUAUUGUUGAGUAUAUGCUACAAAGGACUCAGGACCAAGAUGAAAAUGUGGCUUUGGAGGCCUGUGAAUUUUGGCUUACUUUGGCCGAGCAGCCAAUUUGCAAAGAUGUACUGUGUCGUCAUCUUACCAAGUUGAUACCUGUUUUAGUAAAUGGCAUGAAAUACUCAGAAAUAGAUAUCAUUCUGUUGAAGGGAGAUGUUGAGGAAGAUGAAGCUAUCCCAGAUAGUGAACAAGAUAUAAGGCCCCGGUUUCAUCGUUCGCGAACAGUAGCACAGCAGCAUGAAGAAGAUGGGUUUGAAGAAGACGAUGACGACGAUGACGAGCUUGAUGAUGAUGACACUAUUUCUGACUGGAAUUUAAGGAAGUGUUCAGCAGCUGCUCUUGAUGUCCUUGCCAAUGUAUUCCGUGAUGAACUGCUGCCACACAUUUUGCCCCUUUUAAAAGAAUUGCUUUUUCAUCCAGAAUGGGUGGUGAAAGAGUCAGGCAUCCUUGUUCUAGGAGCAAUUGCUGAAGGUUGCAUGCAGGGUAUGAUUCCAUAUCUUCCUGAGCUAAUCCCUCACCUUAUUCAGUGCCUCUCUGAUAAAAAGGCUCUUGUGCGAUCCAUUACUUGUUGGACUCUUAGCCGCUAUGCACACUGGGUAGUCAGUCAACCCCCAGACACGUACUUGAAGCCAUUAAUGACUGAGUUGCUAAAGCGUAUCCUUGACAGCAACAAGAGAGUACAAGAAGCUGCCUGCAGUGCCUUUGCUACUCUAGAAGAGGAGGCUUGUACAGAACUUGUUCCUUACCUUGCAUAUAUACUUGAUACUCUGGUCUUCGCAUUUAGUAAAUACCAGCAUAAGAAUCUGCUCAUUCUUUACGAUGCCAUAGGAACUUUAGCAGAUUCUGUAGGCCAUCACCUAAACAAACCAGAAUAUAUUCAGAUGCUUAUGCCUCCAUUAAUCCAGAAAUGGAACAUGUUGAAGGAUGAAGAUAAAGAUCUUUUCCCUUUAUUAGAGUGCCUAUCUUCGGUUGCCACUGCCUUGCAAUCUGGCUUCCUUCCAUACUGUGAACCAGUGUACCAGCGUUGUGUGAACCUGGUACAGAAGACUCUUGCACAAGCCAUGUUGCACAAUGCUCAACCAGACCAGUAUGAAGCUCCAGAUAAAGACUUUAUGAUUGUGGCUCUUGAUUUACUUAGUGGCUUAGCUGAAGGACUUGGAGGCAACAUUGAACAGUUAGUGGCUCGGAGCAAUAUCCUGACACUAAUGUACCAAUGCAUGCAGGAUAAAAUGCCUGAAGUACGGCAAAGUUCUUUCGCAUUGCUAGGUGAUCUGACAAAGGCGUGUUUUCAACAUGUGAAGCCUUGCAUUGCUGAUUUCAUGCCAAUUUUGGGAACCAACCUAAACCCAGAGUUCAUUUCUGUAUGUAACAAUGCCACAUGGGCAAUUGGAGAAAUUUCUAUUCAGAUGGGUAUAGAGAUGCAGCCUUAUAUUCCUAUGGUAUUGCACCAGCUUGUAGAAAUCAUUAACAGACCCAACACACCAAAGACUUUGUUAGAAAAUACAGCAAUAACAAUUGGUCGUCUUGGUUACGUUUGUCCUCAAGAGGUGGCCCCCAUGCUACAGCAGUUUAUAAGACCCUGGUGUGUAUUAUUCAAUCUUUUUUUUAUUCAUUUUUCUUCACUUUCUUCUUCCUUUCUUUCUUUCUUUCCUCUAUCUCACUUCUAGAUAUACUUUUCAGUU